AUGGCUUCCGGUAUCAAAACUCGCUUCUUCAUCAUAUCAGAUACACAUGGCGAGACGCUCACACCAAGAAUAUCCGUGAAAGCCGAUGUGGCCAUUCAUUGCGGCGAUCUAACCCAAGAAUCAAAAAUCUCAGAAUUUCGAACGACAAUUCAGCUCCUCAAGGAUCUGGAUGCGGGUCUAAAGUUGGUUAUUGCUGGAAAUCACGACUUUACUUUGGAUACCCCUGUCUUUAAAGAGAAGAUCGUUGAAUCGUGCUUACAGUCUGAGAUGCAUACCGUCAUCAAAGAAUAUGGUGAAUUUGAAGAGGCACGCCAGCUCCUAGACAAGGCUGCGGAGACUGGGAUAAUAUUCCUUGAGGAAGGAUCUCAUCACUUCACUUUGGCCAAUGGUGCCUCUUUGACGGUCUAUGCCAGCCCAUGGGUCCCUUCGGCCUCCAACUGGGGCUUUUCCUUUCAUCCGGAACGAGGGCACAACUUUUUCAUUGAUGAGGGAGUCGAUGUUGUGAUUACCCACGGGCCGCCAAAGGGGAUCCUAGACUACACUGAAGCCCGCCAGAGAGCUGAUUGUUCGAAGUUGUUUGAAGCUGUUGCUCGUGCUAGACCGCGUAUGCAUUGUUUUGGGCACAUUCAUGAGGGCUGGGGUGCAAAAUUGGUUAGCUGGCGGGAAGAGCCGAGUGAGGUGCCAUCACAUUUCACGGAUAUCGACAACGAACGCUCAGUUACCCUUGAAAGGUUAGCAACACUGGCGGCGAAAAAAGAUGGAAACCGGUCAAACAUGGUAUGCUCGACUAGCCACUGCCGAGGAGACGAAAGCCCCCUUGAAAAGGGACAGCAGACUCUGUUUGUUAAUGCAGCUAUCCAGAGUUUGGAGGGAGAACAACAACUCCCUUGGCUGGUUGAUGUUGAGCUUCCAGCGUCGGCCUCAACAACAACAUCUGUCGAAAGCUAG